AUGUGGUCCCAAAUCAGAGAGAGGCUGUAUGUCUGCCAUGACUGUGGCAAGAGCUUCAGCAACAAGUUCACCCUCGCCUGGCACAGCUACAUCCACGCUGGCAAGAAGCUAAAAAUCUGUGGAAACUGUGCAAAGAGCUUCAUGCAAAGCUCUAAGCUCAGCACCCACCGCCCUGUCCACACUGGUGAGAAGCUGUACGUCUGCGAUGACCGUGGUGAGACCUUCACCCAGAAGUCCACCCUCACCCAGCACAUGUAGACCCACACUGGUUAGAAGCCCUUCACAUGCAAAAACUGCAGCAAGAGCUUUGCUGACAAGUCCAGGGACCAGCCUGUGCCAGGGGACACACAAAGACACUGA